AUGGCCUCCUUACUCAAUGUUUUGUUGCGAAAAUCAGCGAAUUUUGGUCAAAAUACAGCUCUAUUAAAAAAUGUGCCUGCAAUUUAUAAUGUGAACUCUGAACGCAAAGCACACAGAUGGUUCCCGGAUGCAGAGUAUGUGAAGCAGUUUGAGGGUAUCGUCAUCUACCCAGAGGGCUUCACGGCAAUGAUGAAACAUCCGCCUUACAACAGUGUGAUCAAGCCCGGUGAGAAGAAUCUACGCAACAUGAUAUUGAACUUUGGGCCGCAGCAUCCGGCCGCUCACGGUGUAUUACGGCUGGUGCUCGAGUUAGAUGGUGAAACUGUCCGUGCUGCAGACCCCCACAUAGGCCUCCUUCACCGAGGCACGGAGAAACUCAUAGAAUACAAGACUUACACCCAGGCGUUACCUUACUUCGACCGGCUGGACUACGUUUCCAUGAUGUGCAACGAACAGUGCUACAGUUUGGCCGUCGAGAAACUUCUCAAUAUCGACAUUCCUUUAAGGGCCAAAUACAUUCGGACUUUAUUCGCCGAAAUCACCCGCAUCCUCAACCACAUAAUGGCGGUGGGCACCCACGCUCUGGACGUGGGUGCUCUGACUCCCUUUUUCUGGCUGUUCGAAGAGAGAGAGAAGAUGAUGGAGUUCUACGAGAGAGUCAGCGGCGCUAGAAUGCACGCUGCUUAUAUUAGACCGGGAGGUGUUUCAUUGGACAUGCCGCUGGGCCUUAUGGACGACAUUUACGAGUUCUCGUCCAAAUUCGCCGAGCGUUUGGACGAAGUCGAAGAUGUACUCACCACAAACAGGAUAUGGGUGCAGCGAACUAAGGAUAUAGGGGUGGUUUCAGCACAGGACGCGCUCAACUAUGGGUUUAGCGGUGUGAUGCUCCGCGGUUCUGGUAUCAAAUGGGAUUUGCGCAAAACGCAACCUUACGACGCCUACCACUUGGUUGACUUUGACGUGCCCAUCGGCACCAACGGGGACUGCUACGACAGAUACCUCUGCCGCGUAGAAGAGAUGCGUCAAUCCUUACGCAUCAUAGAACAGUGCCUCAACCAGAUGCCCCCGGGUGAAGUGAAGACCGAUGACUCUAAACUCACUCCACCGUCGCGCGAGGAGAUGAAGACAUCCAUGGAAGCCCUGAUCCAUCACUUCAAAUUAUUCACUCAAGGUUACCAAGUGCCCCCGGGCUCCACUUACACUGCCAUCGAAGCGCCCAAAGGGGAGUUCGGGGUCUACCUCGUGUCCGAUGGAGGCUCCAAACCUUACAGAUGCAAGAUAAAAGCUCCCGGAUUCGCUCAUCUAGCAGCCCUAGAGAAAAUCGGCAAGAAUUCAAUGUUGGCUGACAUCGUGGCGAUAAUAGGCACUUUGGACGUAGUUUUCGGUGAAAUCGACCGAUAG